GCGCGCCUGGGCACAGGAGGGGCAGGUGGCCCCAUGGGGCCACCCCAGCCAAGCCGGCUGUCUCCCAGGGAUUUGACCUCUGCUGUUGACGUCUCCCUGGUGGGUGAUGGAAGCAUUUUUAGUUCCCAAGGAAUGGCACUCAGCCCCCGGAUGCCAGGCUGCCCUGAGAGACAGCUGCCAGUUUCAGACAAACAGGCUACCCUAUAUAAGGACCAGAUGGCCACCAGUCGCCACCUCCGCCCGGAACCCCAGACCCUCUCUCCUCCAGGUCCGUCUGCCUCCAGCCAGGGAAGCCAUGCCUGCCCCAUGGACCAUCUGCAGCCUGCUGCUGCUCAGUGUGCUCUGGCUGGACUUGGCCAUGGCGGGCUCCAGCUUUCUGAGCCCCGAACAUCAGAAACUGCAGAGAAAGGAACCUAAGAAGCCAUCAGGCAGACUGAAGCCCCGGGCCCUGGAAGGCCAGUUUGACCCAGAAGUGGGAAGUCAGGCGGAAGGUGCAGAGGACGAGCUGGAAAUCCGGUUCAACGCCCCCUUUGACAUUGGGAUCAAGCUGUCAGGGGCUCAGUCCCUCCAGCAUGGCCAGACGCUGGGGAAGUUUCUUCAGGACAUCCUUUGGGAAGAAGCCGACGGUAAGUCCUUGCCCAGCUUGGCUAAAUUGCAGGCUUCGCCAGAGUCCCAGUGCAAGCCUGCCUAGGGGGAACAAAACAGAGGUUUCAUUCCCCACCCUGCCUCCCUAAAGAGCUUCUAAUUCCUCUUUCCCGAAUCAUUCAGUACCCAUCGGGGAUAGGAGCCAGGUCCCCAGCUUUUAGGGGACGGGCCGAAGUCACACAGUCCAACUCGGGGCCUGUCCUCUCACCAUUACAACACAUCUCCUCCGUCCCCCUGUGGAAGGAAAGCCAAAUUGGAUGGCAACAGGACAGCAGACACAGUAGAGGGUUUUUUGGUGGUUUUUCUUUUUUUGGUUACACUGCAAGGCACAUGGAUCCUAAGUCCCCCGACCAGGGAUCAAACCCGUGCCCCCUGUAGUGGAAGCACGGAGUCUGAACCAGUGGACCACCAGGGAAGUCCUGGACACAGCUCUUUUGACUUACCUUCUUGCAUUUUUCAGAAACCCUGGCUGAUGAGUGACCAGCCCUGGGACCAACCCCCGUCCGUUCUCCACCCUCAGAAGCUCUCACGUGGCUUCCAGGACACUUCCGAGACCACAUGCAGCUCUGAGGGGUGCUAGCC